UAUACAUUAGGUAAAUAUUAUCUGAUAUCACAACUAAAUAGUAAAUAGAGUAGUAUUCUAACUCUAUGGAUUACUGUGAUAUUCUGAUAUUGUAAAGCAAACAUGUGAUUCGCCAUAAUUACGUGCAAAAUAGAAAGUAAAAGUUAGAGUAGCAAUCACUGUUAUUUUCACUGUGAUUUUUUUUUAUCACAGCAGCAAUAUCACAGUGUGAUAAAUAUUUUUCAAAGUUUAACGUCACUAAUCGGCGGGGCAACGCGGUUUCUAAAGUGCGCUACGAUCUACGAGAUAAAAAGGUGUUGUGUUCAACGAUGUAAUAAGAGCACGAUUAAUGUAAAAAUCGUAAUUUAAACCGUAGCACGCGACCUGUCGAUGAGUGGUGGACGAAGAUGAGGGGAUGUGAUAAAUACCUUUUGGAACGUAGCGUAUGUGGACCGCACGACAAUUGGAUGUCCGUCACGUCACGCGCACCGACCGGAGGAGUACGGUGUCGACAUUGCCUACCAGCCGUGUGCCCAUAACUCAACCGUCGUCGCGUACAUUUCAUAUAUUAAUAUGUAGAUCGAAGGCCGUUGACCGCAUCCAUUGUUUUAAAAACGAUCCGCACACGUCAUAUGGGUUUCGGGUAACAUGGGCGACGGACGAGCGUACGAAUAUCGUACGUUGUAACGUGCGCGUACCGCAGCCGAUGUAUUUUUAUUAUUAUUAUUAUUAUUAUCAUCAGGACGAUUCCGUGUUAUCGUCGUAUUCACAUCACGUUCAUCGCGGUGCCGUUGCCAAGAAAAAAACGUAAACAGCACAACACAACAACCAAGCCCGUACCGAUACUGCCCGCCCACGUUUCGCGACGUUUACCGUCCGACAGAGAUAUGGGGAAUCGAUGAUACCGUGUUGUGUCCACGUGGCGUUAUUCUCUGAACGGAUGCACUUAUAAGAUUGCGUCUCGCGAUUGUUGUGCGCGCAAGAAUCGCUUCGUAUCGCGCUUAACGACCAGAUCCUCCGCGAAGACCGACGGUAAAUAAAUACCGGCGACAGAACGAAAUGAUACGCGAAGACCGGCGGCCGAAGACGUGGUCACUGCUCGCAUUCGCCGCCGUAUUCUCGCUGCCUACCGGCUCCGGUGCAGACGAUCCCUGGUCGGACGGGAUGGCGACCGUGAUGUGCGCCGACAGGCCUUGGUCACGGCCGAUCCACGUAGACCACGCGCGUAUCGUCGACGCACCCUUGGGCUCGGCCGUCCGUCUGUCGUGUCACUACUGCGGCGAAAACAACCCGGUUGAUCCUAGGUUUUGGUACACAUCACCCAGACAUGGUGACGGCGGCCUGCUGCGUUCCACCCGGAAAGAAGUCAUGCUGGGCAUGGCCGACCCAUUGGAAUCGAACCGGGUGCAUAUGACGUUCGAUCAUUCGUUGGUCAUCCGGGACCUGAGGUCGUCCGACUUGGGCCGGUACACUUGUUCCGGUUCCGGGGCGGACGAAAACGUGCAGUUCGCUCUCGACCUGCUUCCGGUGACGGCACCGGAAAGGCUAGUGGCAGCCGAAAACGCAUCGGCUGAUUCGAUGGCCGGAUGGACACAUUACGAGUCGCAGUACCUGACAUCGGUGGCCAAGGGGUAUCCACGACAAGUGCAGGAAAUGGGUGCCGACUGGGACGCGUGGGGCCCGUGCGACGGAUGUACGAGCAAACGGUACCGGAGGGCCGCCUGUCGGGUCCGAUUCGUCGAUGGCACGCGUGUGGCUUGCAGAUCGGUCGUCGGUUUACCCGCAAUCGUUUCACCCGCUUUGGCCGCGGUACUGUCAUUGGUCCCUGAUUUUACGCUAUCCGAGACGUGUUAUGCUUUUUGCCAAAAUUCCAACAAACACCAUUUGCCAAAGUACAGGAACACUUUCGUGCCGGAGGAAGGAUCCAGUCUCACGUUGGUGUGCGCCGAAGCGACGACGGACACGAAGGUGACAUGGAGGAGGGACGGACUUCUGUUGACCGAAUCGGACAUGGACGUAGUGUCCGGAGUGCUGCUGGAUAAAUUCGGUACGUUGAGCUUGGUGCAGGUCACGGCCGGCGAUUCCGGCAAUUACACGUGUUACGUUGACGGGCACCGGAUGCAAGAGGUAAUGGUGGCCGUCCGCAAGUCGUCGGUGCUCGGGUCGGAGGAGUUCGUUCGACACACGGGCUACUUGUUCUUCGUGUUCGGGCUGAACUUCGUCGUUUUCGUCGUUCGGAUUUACUACGCUCUGCUGGACCGCCACGCGUUCGUCGAGAUCACGGAAGACGACGUUUUGAAAGAGGCUGACGAAAUCCCCAUCGCUUACUUGGGGAAAACAAUACGAGUCCGUUAAAUAUCGUCACAUCGCUCGUCACAAUAACAACUAUACAUGCCUACGCACGUACAUCAUAUGCGUGUGUGUGUGCGUGUCGUGUCACUCUCAUUUUGUUCAUUUAUUAACCCUUUGUAGACCAACAUUAAAUGGUGAUAGAAAUUUGAUUUUUUUUUUGCACCUUUAUAAAUUAUUAUUUUUUUGAUGAAUUUAGAAAUUAAGAAAUUUGAAAUUGGAGGUUUUUUAAUAUUUUUUUAAGGAGUGGGACAAAUAAGUCCCAUUGGUCAUUUAAGGACUAUACUUAAAAGUCCCUAUGGUCCGUUACGACACUACUAUUUUCUUAUUCCCUAUGAUAAAUAAGUAAUAAUUAGUUAAAAUUUAA